AGAGUUCAGACUUAGGAUUUCAGACUUCAGAGUUCAGAGUUCAGACUUCGGAUUUCAGACUUCAGAUUUCAGAGUUCAGACUUCGGAUUUCAGACUUCGGAUUUCAGACUUCACAUUUCAGAGUUCAGAGUUCGGAUUUCAGACUUCAGAGUUCAGAGUUCAGACUUCGGAGUUCGGAUUUCAGAGUUCAGAGUUCAGACUUCGGAGUUCGGAUUUCAGACUUCAGACUUCAGAUUUCAGAGUUCAGACUUUAGACAUAAUAAAAAGCCACGUCAUUACACGUCAUUUCCGCACUUUCAGUUCAGUGAUUAGUACGCCAUGGGAAAGGGCAUGUAUUCUUGGAUGUUAUUGAUCUUUAUACUAUGGUCUUGUUCUAUUGUCGAUUCAGUACUUGCUGUGUUGCCAGUUGACAAGCAAAGAACUCAGGUGUUUCAAGUGAAGUUGGAUCUAAUACAGCAUUACUUCUGUCGUGGAUACAAGUACAAGGAAAUUUUAGCUACACUUUUGGUCAUUCAUGGAAUAAGAAUAAGUUAUAGACAAUUAAAACGACUGUUAAAGCGAAUGAGCUUAUUUAGAAGAGGUCCAGAGUCUCAAAUUGAAACGAUUAUAAGUGCCAUUUUAAAAGAAAUAUCUGGAAGUGGUCGAUGUUUGGGUUAUAAGACUAUGUGGAGGCGGCUUAAAGAUUUCUAUGGAUUACAUGUACGUAGAAAAACUGUUCUUCGUUUGAUGUGGAUAGCGGACCCAGAAGGUAUGCAGAGACGGAAGGCCAAGCGUCUACUUUGUCGCCAAUACUCAUGUCCUAGUCCUGACUUUAUCUGGCACAUCGACGGAUAUGAUAAAAUUAAACCCUUCGGAUUUGCAAUUCACGGGACAGUAGACGGAUUUAGUAGAAAGAUUAUAUGGCUUGAGUUGGGUCCAAGCAAUACCGAUCCAAAAAUAAUAGCUCGAUAUUUUCUAAACAGUGUAAAGGAAAGUGGUGCUUGCAGAGUUCCAGCAGUGAUACGCAGUGAUCUGGGUACAGAAAAUAGAAUAAUUCGACAGUUGCAAAUAUAUUUCCGUUUGCACCACCAUGAUGAUCAUUCAGCUUGAAAAGGCUUCAUUCAAGGUAAAAGUACCUUAAAUCAAAGAAUAGAAUCCAUGUGGAGCAUGCUUAGAUGUCAGUGCAUGGACUUUUGGAUAAGUUUUUUCAAAGACUUGCGAGACACAGGUAUCUAUUGCGAUGGUGAUAUGUUCCAAAGACAAUGUUUAAUGUAUUGUUUCACACCUGUUAUACGAAGUGAAUUAAUUAAAUUUACGAAUGAGUGGAAUUCACAUGAUAUUUCUAAGGGGAAAACAGAUGGACCUCGAGGUAAACCUGAUAUCAUGUAUACAUUACCUGAACUAUAUAACACUAAGAAUUAUAGCCACAACGUUAACAAAGAAGAAGUUGAUGUAUGUACGGAAAUAUAUUCGAAACCACCUAACCUUGAAGGCUGUUUUCCUGAAUUCUGCCGAUUGUUCAAAUGUUGUUAACCGACAACG